GUUUCUUUCUUUCUUUCUUUUUUAAAAAAAAGAACUUGUAAGGAGUGCCUUCGACUCUUAUGGAUAGAAGAGAGUAUUUUUUUCCAGCUGUCUUUUUCAUUUGAAAAUUGUCCCGCGCUCUGAUUGGAAUUGGUUUGCAUUACAUGCUGGCUGUAAAUUUAAUCUGAAGGGCUGGACUUAACCUGAUUCUCCAAGAAUUGCUGGAAGAUUUCACCCACAUAACAGGCAUGGAUUUGUAGAAGAAUUCCAUAUACUAAAGAGGAGAAUAAAAAAAAAAGUGGUGUUAUCUCUGGGAAGUGAGAAGCAAUGUCUUUUGUAGGAAGAUACUUGAUCACUUCCAUCUUGAUGCUGCUUCUUCUCUGGGGUGGAGAGAAGAUUAAAGCUCACAGGGCAGGUUGUAAGAACGUUCACUAUGACCUGAUCUUUCUGCUGGACACUUCCUCCAGCGUCGGCAAAGAAGACUUUGAGAAGGUCCGCCAAUGGAUAGCUCACCUGGUGGACACUUUUGAGAUUGGACCAGACAAAACCCGCGUCGGGGUCGUCCGGUACAGCGAUCAUCCAACCACUGAGUUUGACCUUGGAAGUUAUGGGACUCAGCAAGAGAUCAAAGAAGCUGCAAAGGGCAUCAAGUACUACGGAGGGAACACGAACACUGGAGAUGCCCUGCGGUACAUCAAUAGCUAUAGCUUUUCCACACAGGCCGGCGGGAGGCCAAAUGAUAAUGCCAUCAAGAAAGUUGUGAUCCUCCUGACGGACGGCAGGAGCCAGGAUUAUGUCUUGAGUCCUGCCACGGCGGCGCAUAAGGCCGGCAUCCGGAUUUUUGCGGUGGGUGUCGGGGAAGCCCUUAAAGAAGAACUGGAUGAAAUUGCUUCCGAGCCAAAAUCGGCCCACGUCUUCCAUGUCUCUGAUUACAACGCGAUUGAUAAGAUACGGGAGAAGCUGAGAAGACGGCUUUGUGAGAAUGUCCUGUGUCCAAAUGUCCACGUAGAAGGAGACAGGUUCAGACACACCAAUGGAGAAAGGGAUGACAUACCAGGGUUUGACUUGAUGGAAUUAUUCCGUGUACGGGAGAUAUUCCGAAUGAAAGACGACGGAAUCCAGAGCUCUUAUGUGCGGCUAGGAAGUUUUCCCAUUGUUCAGCGGACACAAGAUGUCUUCCCACAAGGACUUCCGGAUGAGUAUGCUUUUGUCGCCACUUUUAAAUUCCGGAAGUCAUCCAAGCGAGAAGAUUGGUACCUUUGGCAGAUCAUUGACAAAUACGGCAUACCACAGGUUUCUAUCCGGUUGGAUGGGGAGAACAAAGCCCUGGAGUACAAUGCAAUUGGACUCACCAGAGAUGCCGUGAGAGUCGUUUUCAAAAACGGACCCGUCAAUGACCUGUUUGAUCGUAACUGGCAUAAGAUUGCACUGAGCAUCCAGGCCCAGACCGUCUCCUUGUACAUCGACUGCAAAUUAGUCCAGACAUUACCUAUUGAAGACAGAGAAAAUAUCGACAUUCAAGGGAAAACGGUGAUCGGCAAACGCCUUUACGACAGUGUACCAAUUGAUUUUGACCUUCAGCGGAUGGUUAUUUAUUGUGAUUCACGACAUGCCGAGCUUGAAACCUGCUGUGAUAUUCCUUCUGGACCUUGUCAAGUGACCGUUGUUACAGAUGUCCCCCCUCCUGUAAUUCCACCAACUGUCGAAAAUGAGCACAUUGGACCUACCAAGACAGUCAAUUGUUCCUGUCCUCCAGGAGAAAAGGGGGAGAGAGGCCUUCCUGGAUUUGAAGGAUUGAGAGGACAAAAGGGAGAUAUUGGACCAGCUGGACCUCCUGGCCCAAAGGGAGACAAAGGAGAACCGGGUGGGGAAACAUUUGGACGAGCAGAAAAAGGACAAAAGGGUGAAAAGGGACCCCAAGGUUUACCCGGCUUAAUGGGCGAGAGAGGAGAAAAGGGUUCCACUGGUACGGCUGGCAUCCCAGGAAGCGAUGGAGUCAAAGGAGAAAUUGGAGCACCUGGUCUUCCUGGAGCACCUGGUCUUCCUGGCCCAUCUGGCCCAAAGGGAGAAGAAGGGCGUUCAGGUCUCCCAGGACGUCAAGGUUAUGUUGGAGCACCUGGUUUGCAAGGGGAAAGAGGAGAAAAAGGACCACGUGGUGACAAGGGAGAACGUGGCCUAGACGGUUUUCCUGGGAAGGCUGGCUUGGAUGGGAAAGAGGGCGCCAAAGGAAGUCCAGGUCAACCUGGACCUGUAGGACCACAAGGAGAGAAGGGUGAUAUCGGUCCCCCCGGUAAACCUGGCUCAGCAGUACAGAUCGAAGGCUUGAAAGGAGAGCAAGGAGCUCCUGGCCCACGGGGACCUAUGGGGCCUCCAGGAACUCCGGGUACCCCGGGAUCACCUGGAUCAGAUGGCAAGAUGGGACCUCCAGGUCUACAAGGUCUACGGGGCAAAAAAGGAGAAGGAGGUCCCUCCGGAGUUGAUGGAUUAUCUGGACCUCCUGGUUCCCCAGGGCCUCCUGGAAUUGCUGGUUCUCCUGGACUUGCUGGCUCUCCAGGUCAACCAGGAGAAACUGGCAGAAACGGUGAAAGUGGGCCGCCGGGUUUGCCUGGGAAAUCUGGUCAAGAUGGUUUACCUGGUCUUCCAGGCUCAAAAGGAGAACAAGGGGAAAGGGGCGAAGUUGGUAAACCAGGCUCCAAGGGUGAAUCAGGCCCCCCAGGACCCUCUGGCAUAGUCGGGGAAAGAGGUGAAGCUGGUCUUCCAGGCCCACCUGGUUUGCCUGGUCCAAGAGGAGAAAAGGGAAACCAGGGCGAAAAAGGAAGAGCUGGGCUCACUGGCUUCAAAGGUGACAGAGGAGAAAAAGGUGAAAUUGGUGCUCCUGGCCUUCCAGGUCAACCUGGAAAAACUACCCUAUUUACACCAAGGCCUAGUAUUCCUGGAGAACAAGGGCCCAAAGGUGAAAAAGGUGAUCGUGGAGAAAGAGGUGAACCCGGAGAACGAGGUGUUCCAGGAGAACAGGGUCCGAUCGGACCAGCUGGGCAGCAGGGUCUGAAAGGAGAAGAAGGGGAAGUAGGUCAACCUGGACCUCCAGGAGAAAUUGGUACCCCUGGACCUGAAGGACCAUCUGGCCCACGUGGUUUGCCUGGGAAUGUGGGUAUACCAGGAGCUGCUGGUCAGCCAGGAAUUGAUGGACAAAAAGGAGAAAAGGGAGAACCUGGUAAGGAAGGAAAACCAGGCCCACCUGGGCCUACAGGUGAAGCAGGAGCUGUUGGAGAACCUGGAUUACCUGGAAAGGGUCGAGAUGGAGAGAGGGGUGAAAGAGGUCCACCAGGUUUACCUGGAUCCUUUGGGCCUAAGGGAGAUCGAGGUGCUCCAGGUGUACCAGGUCAACCAGGAGACAGAGGAACUCCAGGUGUUGGACUUUCAGGACCACUAGGACCAGUUGGACCUCCUGGAGACAAAGGGCCACCGGGUCCCCGUGGCUUACCAGGAAUCCAAGGUCCCCCUGGACAGACUGGUCACGAUGGUUUACCAGGAAAUCCAGGAGAAAGGGGACCACCAGGAAAACCAGGUUCCUCUCCACUCCUUAACCCUGAUGACAUCAGACUAUUAGUUAAGGACGUUUGCACUGAUUGUCCUCCUGGACCAGCUGGUCUCCCUGGAAUCCCAGGACAGAAGGGUGAUAAAGGCCUUCGAGGCCCACCUGGGAAUGAUGGACCAGUUGGAAAAAGGGGUGAACCUGGGCUCAGAGGUCCCCCUGGGCCUCCAGGAGCAGAAGGUCCCAAGGGUCCUAAAGGAAGUGAUGGGGCACCUGGUGAAGCUGGAUUGAAAGGUGAACAGGGUCAUCCUGGAAUACCUGGCUUCACGGGUCCCCCUGGGAAUCCAGGCCCAGCUGGACCAGAGGGCUCUCCGGGACCUAUAGGCUCUCCAGGACCUCCAGGAGAAAUGGGGAAAGGAGGUCCCCCAGGACCUCAGGGACCCCCAGGAUUGCCUGGACUUAUGGGUGAACCUGGAAAGGAUGGCAAAGAUGGAAAGCCAGGAUCACCUGGGGAACCGGGUAAGCCUGGAGAACCAGGGCUACCAGGCCAAGAGGGUCCCAGAGGACCACCGGGUUUCAAGGGUCCAAUAGGAGAUGCAGGAACUCCUGGAAUGAGAGGAGAACCGGGUCAACCUGGAACUCCGGGCCGGGAGGGGCUUCCGGGAAAAGAUGGAGAUCCAGGGCCUGCGGGACCAGAAGGCCCCCGAGGAAUUCGGGGAAUAGCAGGCAAGACUGGACCUCCAGGUGCACCUGGGGAACCUGGUCCUGCAGGUAACCCAGGCUCCAAAGGAAGCAAAGGUGAAACUGGCAGCCCAGGCGUUCCUGGUUUCAUUGGGCCACGAGGUCUUCCUGGAGAACCAGGUGAAAAGGGGGUCCCAGGGAAAGAGGGCACCUCAGGGAGUCCAGGAGAACACGGACAAAAAGGCGACAGGGGAGAUCCUGGAACUAAAGGUGAAAAAGGGCCAGCAGGAGUGAAGGGACCACCAGGUGAUCCAGGAGUUCCUGGCCGCAAAGGACACACAGGAUUAAUGGGUCCCUCAGGACCGUCAGGAGAGUCGGGGCAAGUUGGCCCUCCUGGCCCUCCAGGCCAACCUGGAUUUCCUGGGCCUAGAGGGGAUCCUCCAUCGACAGAAACAUUGCGAAGACUUAUCCAAGAAGAGUUAGGAAAACAACUUGAUGCUAGACUUCCCUACCUCAUAAGUCAGUUACAGCCUUCCCAGAUCAAAGCACCUCAAGGUAGACCAGGGCCUCCUGGAUCACCUGGAAAGGAAGGCCUUCCAGGUAGAAUUGGCCCUCCAGGAGAACCUGGCAGACCUGGGCAACCAGGUUCAGAAGGUCCUUUGGGACCUAUGGGACCAAAAGGUAACAGAGGGGAGAAAGGAGAGAAGGGAGAUGCUGGCAUUGGCCAGAGGGGUGAAACUGGUCCCCCAGGAGUAGCAGGUGUUCCAGGUGAACCUGGCUACGGUAAGGACGGUAUUCCUGGAAUCCAAGGUGCUCAAGGUGAAGCUGGCCCUCCUGGCCUUAUGGGCCCCCCAGGACCUCCAGGGGCCAAUGGACAAUGUGACCCCUCCCAGUGUGCUUAUUACGCAAGUUUUGCUGCUCGGCCCAGCAACGUCAAAGGUCCUUAAAAUUGUAUCCUCCAUUGCUGCUUGUGGACCUCUCGUGGACCUUCUUCAGAAAACUUGGAUGAAGCAAGGGAGUUGGGAGAUCCUGUCUCUUUUGCUUCUUCUUCUUUGACAAGGAGCACGGAGGCUCUGGAAAUUAAAUGCUGCCGGACAGUCGGGUUUUUAUGAUGAAGAAAUGAUUAUAAUUCACGUUUAUUUUAUGCAGUGAGAAGUGAUUUUUCUGGGAAGGUUUUCUUUUUCUUUCUUUUUUUAAGAAUAUUUUUUAUAUAAAGAUUGAGGUUGAAUUUUUCCCCCUUUUGUAGAUGGUCUUCUAAAAAGUUCACGUGAAACAGGAAAAAAAAAAGGAAAAGGUGGGUAAGUAGAUGCAAGGGGCCUUUGUUGAGAGACAUUUGGAUGUCUGUUUGCUAGCUUAGUCACCAUUCACAUCUGGAGAUGCUGUAAUAUUGGCUAUCAAGGCUUUGUCCUAUAAGUGUUCCAUAGAAAUUUAGAUGUAGCAAUCUCAAUCUUUUAAGAGCAUCAGGACAGAGGGAAGAGGACAAUUUGCACGUGUCUUUGCACACUCCUUAGGAAUCUAUGGUAUUUGGCUCACCAUGGUUGAGCACUAACCUCUCUGUAAAAAUUUCCUGGCAUGAGAACAAUUAAUCAUUGGGAUGGGUUGUCUUCCAGAAGUUGUGGCUUCUCUAUCACUGGAGGUUUUUAAAAAAGAGAUUGGACAGCUAUUUGUCCAGAAUGAUAUAGGAUGUCAGAGUUUCUUGCAAAAAUCCAAUCCAGAAACACACAUAGAUAACUGAUUCAGCAGGAUUCAUUAACUUCUCUUUAUAUACAUAAUAACUGAUGAAGUAAAUUUUACAAUACCAAUAGCAGAGCUCUUUCAACGGGGUUGAAGUUACAGGCAAAACACACAGGCAGCGGUACAGUUAGUUUCAUUUCAGCAGAGCAGACUAGUUUCAGUUUCUCUGCAUAGACUCAGAAGCUGCAGACUAAGACGCGCCCUGGCUCCAGUCUGUCUCAGCUCCCAAUUGGCUGACUUAGUUGCUACGACUAGUCAUUGGCUGACCUUGUUACCAUGUCUCCAUUCAGUCCCCAUUGGCUGAUCUAUUCCAGUCCGUGAAUAUUCAUACUCUGACAUAGGGUAUCCUGCUUGAGUAGGGAGUUAGACUAGAAGACCUCCAAGGUCCUUUCCAUUGCUGUUAUUCUAUUAUUAGGAGAAAAAUGAGGAGGAGGAGGAGGAAAGUCCUAGCAACAGUGUCAGACAGCAGCAAAAACUUUCUGUAAUCCUAAGUACUUCUUUCUAAUUGCAAUCAAAGACCUUCACCAAAUCCAUUUUUUUUAUCAACAGAACUGUUGAUUUUGCCAUUAUUUGCUUGUUCAGUAAAAUGCAUCUGUGAAAAUUCAUUUUUCAUCACUUUUUUUUAAAAAAAUUCUUUGACCUAAUUCCCAGUAGGGUAGGCGAUCCUUUAGCAGUGCAACAGUGGGUUAUGCCUGCUCUUAAGCGUACUUUUAGUAUUUGAUCUCUUAUAAAUAUUAUAAAUACGACCAGCCAUGCACCUUCAAAAUAAAUUUCUGGGAAACUGUGAAAAUAAUUAUUCUACCACCAUAAUCUUUUCCCAAAGAUUAUUUAGCUAAGCUUAUAACUGUCUUCUGUGGCUGCUUAGCAGCAGUUCCCUAAUGAAACGAAGCAGCAAAUGCAAGAGAGUAGCUCAGAAUUGAACGGUGAAGUCCAUAGUGCUCUCUGAGCUUGGUUGCCCCAAAGGUGCCUUUUCAGGUGGCAAUUGGAAUUGGUUUUUUUUUCUUUUGAAGAUGUUUCACUUCUCAUCCAAGAAGCUUCUUCAGCUCUGGCAAAAUUGGGAGGAAUGGAAGGAUUUGGGAUAACCAUGACCUGGGUGAUUGAGAAUCUCUACAGACUCUGAAUUUGGCUGUUUUCUUGCAGAUCUGUUGUGACCCAGGCCCAAGUAGGUAGUAAUCAACUUAGUCCAUGAAAAAACAAACUUUAUUCAAACAGCUGGAAUUACUUCAUUCCCAGUGUCGUUCAACUCAAAGUAAAACAAAUGUCUCCCAAACAUAAAUUCCUCAGUUAUCUCACAAACCUUAGUCCAAUUAGGCAAACUGCCAAAGGCCCUUCCUGGCAAACGUCUAGAAGCCACAAAAACAAAGAAGUACACAAAGCAGAAGAUGGAGCAGAAGAUGCAGCUACAAUGUUGUUUUCUGGCAAGCUGAAACACGGGUGCUGGUCUGUUUUAAGCCUUAUGGGAGGGUCCAAUCAUCUCUUGGCCCUAUACUCCCGAGUUGUCCUCUCUGCUUGAGCUGCUCUUGCCUUUUUGCAGCUCUUCUCAUGCGUGCAUUAGCAACAGGCUCCUCCUGUUCCUCUGCCUCACUACUAUCAGUCUCUGGAGGCUCUGGAGUCCGCACCUCACUUCCCGAUGGCCCUGGCCUCACCUCAGCCUCAUCAAUGUCUGACUCUGUUGCCAGCUUUGUAGGCUGCUGACAGACCACAACAAGAUGUUUCAUGAUCCAACUAGGUAAUAUCAUUAGUGCACAGCACAAUACAGUACACUGACGAUGUUACCUAGUUGGGUCAUGAAAUGUCUCCAAGGACACAACCCAGCUCAGAGAGCAUCACGGACCCUGCAACUUAAGAAACAUUGUUUUUUACAUUUAUAUCCCGCCCUUCUCCGAAGACUCAGGGCGGCUUACACUAUGUUAAGCAAUAGUCUUCAUCCAUUUGUAUAUUAUAUACAAAGUCAACUUUUAUUGCCCCCAAAAAUCUGGGUCCUCAUUUUACCUACCUUGUAAAGGAUGGAAGGCUGAGUCAACCUUGGGCCUGGUGGGACUUGAACCUGCAGUAAUUGCAAGCAGCUGUGUUAAUAACAGACUGCAUUAAUCUGUUGAGCCACCAGAGGCCCUUUCUCAGCCCUAGCAUCCUUUCUUCCUACAAGAAAGAUAGCAAAGUUUGAACUAGGAUCUUAUGGAUGCAGAGAAAUUGUUUUCAGUUUGGGUUCUCGCAGGGCAUGAAUUGUAUCUUUGAAUACACAAUGCCAUGAAAAAGACGUGUGCUUUUGUGCUCAAGAUCAUCGUGCAUGUGUGUGUAUACACAGAGAAGGUCGUCUGGUUCCUUUGUAAAAUGAUCUAAUUUUAAGUUUGUGCUCCGAAGCAUGAAAUGUAUAUAGGAUCCGGCCAAUUAUUCAUCAGUUAUUUGGAGGCACGAGGGAAAUUAUUGCACAUAAAGAAACAAAGUUCUACUAUUUCAAAUCUGGUUCUUGGAUUACCCUGUUUAAAAAUGCUUCAAUGAGUACUUAGUGCCACAGCCAAAUGUUAUUUAUGUGUUUUAAAAGGUGCUAUCUUUAAUGUGGAUUCCAUGGCAUCAGCAAGAAUUCUCUCUUUAUCUUGCGUGCAUGUGCAUAAAAUGUGUCUAAAUUGUGUUUAUAGCAGAUGGGCUAUUCUCCAAGUAAUUAUGAUGCUUGCUUUGCUUUGUUUCUAGAAGAUAAAGCAUAGAUAUUUUUUUUCCUGGCAAAGAAAUAUGCUUGCCAAAUUAUUUAAAAGGGAAAUAGUUUUUUUUUCUGUUUCAAAUUGGAUUGAAUCAUUUUUUUUCUUUCUGUAUGGCAAGAUUUGGUUGAUACUGAGUGAGGCUGAUGUGUGUG